AAAAAAAAAAAAAAAAAAAAAAAAAAAAAAAAAAAAUUCAGUCAUAAUGAAAGUGAAACGUGCUGUCGAUCAUUCGUUCGGUUGUGUUCCUCGCGCCUUGUCCAUUUGAAGAACAUUUACACAAGUAAACAUGUCUUCAGUGAAGAUUAUGCUUGUAGUUUCUCUCUUCAUCCCUGCUGUGAGGUCUGGUACAGAUUUGUGGAAAUUGGAAUGCCUGCCUACAGUUGGAACUUUUGCUCAGAAGACAAUUAUCAGAUGCUAUUUCAAAGACAUAAAAGAAAUCCACAUAGUUGCAGUUUAUUUAACAAAAGUUGGACAGGAUGAGCCAUUAUUUGCUCAAGAAGAAUCAAAAAGAUCAGGAGAUCAACGCUUUAGUCUUGAAAACUCCUCAAUGGGUCCAUCUCUGCAAAUCUCUGAAACAAUGUUUUCUGAUGAGGGUGAAUAUCUGUACCAUGUUGUAACCGACAGUGGUUUUGAAGACGUACAACUUAGCAUCAGUGUCAUAGCGAAGUACAAGGAUCCUGUCACAAGCACAUGGCCUGAAAAUGUAAUGGAUGGAGGACCUGUCAGCCUUUACUGCAAUGCUACUGACGGCUACCCAGCAGGCUCCAUCCAUUGGUUUGACCGUUCUGGAACCAAUUGGACAAUGAAUUCAGUGCUGACAAAAGACCCCAAGGACAUCAGCGGUGUAAAAUCUGUGGCUUUGUCUAGUAAACUGACUUUCAAGUCUAUCGUCUUGGACAUGGCACCAUUUAGAUGCAUCGUCUUUAAUAGUACAUAUGUACAAGAUGGAGAAAACACACUGAAGAUCACAUCUGCUAUACAUUCAGAUUCUUCAGGAUCUAAUACAACAAACAUUGUCGCUGGUGUGAUGGUCAUUGGAUCACUUACUGUUGGCCUGCUGUUUGCUCUGUUGUGUUUCAGAAAAAGAAAUCAUACUCGGGAUAGACGACCUUCUGCCCAUCCUAUUCUAAAUUAUGAAUCAGGAAGGAGUGUUGAAGAUGAUCCGGAAAAUGGUGACAUCAGUCCUGGACACUGAAGCUUCUAAUAUCAGAAGAUGAAACUGAACUAUAAGGCCUGAUUUUCAUUCUGAGGUCAGCACUGCUGCCAUUUGACUGAAACAAAAGUGAAGGCAUGAGGAACAUGGCAGCUGUUUCACGGCUUUGUAGUAUGUGGGCAAGUAAUGACUGUAAGAUUGCAAAGACAUAACAAUCAGUUAACUUCUCUUUACAUUUACAAUUAAAUGUGGCUUUAGAGAUCAUGUACACUAAUACUUGUCAAAUUAAUUACUACAUCAAUAUAAACAAGAGUUUUAAAGAGGUUUUUGGAGGUUUUCUGAAAAUUUGAGGAAUGAUUUUGAAAAUGCUUUCUUAAGCCUGGUCAGAAAUCAUAAAUUAUUAUUCAUGAUUAUUUUUACAAAUGUAAUAUAACAACAGUUGUAGUUUUCAGAAAAUAGGUAAUAAUAUCCAAAUCUAAAUAUAGAUCUGUAAAAAGUGUUUUAUAUCUUUCUUUGGGAGUUUUUCAUCAUCACUAAUGUCACUUUCGGCUUAACUCAGUGAGAGUUUUAUGGUAAAAUUGUUCUUAGUGGUAAAUGGUAAAGCAUCUUAGUAACAAUAUACUGUACAGGUUUAUUAGGUAAGCACUGUACAAAUGAACUUGAAUUAAAUUGAAAACAUUUAUUCUCAGUUUUAUGCAUCAAACAUUAAUAGUAAAAAAAAAUUAAUACACUUUUUUUUUUUUUUUUUGUAAUUGUUUAUACUGCUACCAUUGUAUCACCGGUCACUUAAGCUUCACCUCAGUGAUAGUAACUGUCAAAUAAGUCUCACAUUCAGCUUUCAUUUUCAUAUUCUGAUCAUUUAAAAGUGAAGUGAUGAGUUUUCAGGGAGUACAGCAACUGUAGAAAGACCUUGAAUCUUUAAGCACUUUUGUAUUUGAUGUAUACAAAUGUAUUUUGUUUUUAACCAUAAUGCAAUAAAAGAAAAUAAAAAUA